AACGGACAAGUUUCUGUUUCCCCAGGUUUCAAUCUGCCAUGCAAAAAAAUUUUUUUCACGAAGUGCUCUAAGUGGAAAGGAGGAGAUGGAGAGAAGGUUAGUGAAGGGGGCAUGGAUAAUUAUCUAUAACCCUAGCUGCUAGAUGUUUAGUUUCUGCUUCAGGUUUGUUUAUUUGCCAGAAAAAAAAAACUGUACAGUUGUUCAAUAUAUUACAUAAAUGACAGUUAAAGAUUAAAAAUGUCGCAGAUUACAUAAGUGGAAGAACGAGAGGUAUUCAUCUGGCGAGGAAGCUCAAAUUGAAACCCUGGGGGCUUUUUACCUGAGCUCCCUCCCUAAACUAAGGGGUACCAAUCCACAAAUUUACACCCCUUAAAGCCCACAACGAGCACACCGUCACACCUAAGACUAGAAUAAUAUAAUAAAUAAGAGGCGAAAUCAUUUUGAAAUAUAUUUAGGAUAAAAAUUAAGCAAAACAAAACACACUUAAAGGAAAAAAAAAUAAAAACCAAGUUUUAUUUAGAAGUGGUGAAUCAGCCAAUUUUCAAUCUAAAUUUAAAGCUAUGGUAGCAGUACUAUGUAUAUUGUGAAUUGAAAAAUUUUGGACCCUGAAAUCUUAUGCGCAAUUUAAAAAGUUUUUGGAUAAUUUAUUGAUAACUUAUUGGCCUGGCACCAAGCUAUCAGUUUCAAAAGCUCCUCAUCCAAGGUCUUUUAAAGAAAGUCGACUUUAUUAUGAGAAAAGAAUACGUUAAUACCAUCAAUAAAGAAUGGAAUCUAAGAUCUUUGAGACAUUACAUAAAUCGUUUAUAUAGAUCAAAAAAGCGAAGGACCUAAUAUCGAGCCUUGAUGGGCACCGCAUUCAAUAAUGUGUAGAGAAGAAUAGGCGUCAUUGAAUUGAACAAACUGAUGCCUGUUACUCAAGUUACUCGCAAACCAAUUGCACGCUAUCCCCCUGUUACCAUAAUUCGCUAACUUAUCUAAUAAAAUAUGAUGAUUAACGGUAUCAAAUGCAAUAGCAUAAGAUGUCUUAUCAUACAAAAGAGUUAAGGCGUAUUCAGUGGUCAGUGAUGUUUGCGAAAGUCGAAUUAAUUAUCAGAGGUUAUUUUACGCUUAUUUAAAUAAAUCCAGAAUACUAUUAUCAUCAAGAACGCUCUUAAAAGUGGUAAGUUCUUGCUUGCUUGGAGAUUAGAUAAGAAAUCAGGAGGCGAUUAAUUCUGCACGAAACAGAAUUUCUUCGCGAAAAGUUUUUCACUUCCUACUUUAUCGAUGGUCACGUAUUCUUCAGGAUAUUUACUCUUUAUAUCGUAUUCGUAUUUAUUGAAUUGAUUGAGUACGCGUGUUUAAAUACAUGAAAAUCAAUGGCGUCGAUGCGCGAGAAAUUGUCAUUGCCGGAGAGCAAAAACGUGAUUAACAUGAAGCGUCAUUACAAUCAUCGCCGAAAAUUACCACAUGCUCAUCACAAUACUGAUUUGCAUACAAUUAAAGCCUAUUACACCCGACCAGUUAACCUCACCAUCGAAGUUUUGCUCAUUAUGAUUCUUUUUUUCGACCACCGAAGUAUUCACUUGUUCCAAAGUAAUCAAAGCUUUCAAACGAUAGGAUUCGUGGACCUACUCUGAAAAAUAAAGGAAUAGAUAAAGAAAUAACACGGACAACUCCAGAAAUGAUCGAUAAUACGAGUUAAGGGGCGCGGUAGAUCAAAUAUAUACAAUCCAUAACACGAUCCAAAGAAACGUUGUCAUAACCCGCACUGUUCCAAUGCGAAAGCCAAGACAAAUUUCAAUAAUUUUAUUUUCAGAUGCUGUGUCAAAAUAUAUUGCCUAAAGUUCCCUGAUAAAAAGGAACAAGGAAGGAGGAGGCGGUGGAAUAUUAUGAUCUAGAUUAGGGUCAAUAUUAGAAAAAAAAAACAUACAAAAUGUUCUGCGAUUUACCUUGGAUCCGAUACCGUUUGUUGUUAAUCUUAAAGUGCUACUAUGAUCAAAAUUUUGGUUGCCCUUUUCUUUUCAGCUUUCGAAAGAGGAAGUAACGAAAACUUACCUCGCCCAAUUUCAAGUCAAGAUUCCAAUAAAAGACCAAUUAUUUUAUAGAUAAAGUUCAGGAUUGCUUUGCCGCCAUUACUCGAUUCAAACAAUGGCCGAGAACCACAUAAAGAUCUGGAACUAGUUGGAACAAGAGGCACGUGACGUCAGACUCGCAUCAUGGCUCGCUUUCGUGGCCGGGCGGAAAAAGAAACCAUUUUAUUUCAUGUGUGGCUCAAUUUGACCUGUUACCAUCCCCCAGGGCAACGCAAUUUCAGCCCUUCGGCCCCGGGGAUGGGGAAUUGUUUGAAGCGGUCCUGUCCCGGGGGUAGGGGGGUGGACCAAAUCAAAAACAACUUUUCCUUGAUUUUGCGAGGUACGUGUUAUUUCUCGCGUGCUUUGCACAAAGGUGCGGAACUCAAGACUAAGUAUACAUUCAAGGGAAAACGCAGGAAUUUGUCGGAGAGUGGUUGGAGAGGAAUAACCUACUAAAAUUAAAGCCUAUUAAGAGCGGAUGUCAGUAAAUAUCGACCAGAGGUCUACAAAACUGAAAAAUCGAAAAUUCUCAAAAAAAUUCACAAAGUAGCACUAGGUAAGCUAUUAACAUAAAUGUAAUUUUUACUUCGAUCCGAUAAUUAUUUUCCACGUACGGGGGGGUUAUUGGUUUCGCGGCUCUCGGACCGGGUUUUUUCAGGCCCGAGACCAUGUGUCACAAAAAAAUCGUUUUAAAAUUAAAAUCCACUGUAAUGCGGACAACAAAUAACUUAUUCAGAAGAGUACAUAAUUGCACACAUUUUAAGUGGUGAUUUACUCAGUUUAAACAAAAGUGUAAUAUUUUGGAGAUUUUUCAUUAUUUUCAAUAUUUUAAACGUUUUCGUUCAAUGAAAAAAUGGCAAAUUUCAAAGCCCCAAAUCGUCGACUGGUACCUCGAUUUCAGUAACGAGUCUUAUACCACGUUAAAGAGCGUUAUCUCUUCUUUCAAAAUCUGUUUUCAAAACUAUGGGCAACUGAAAAGAAAAUUUUUGAGGCCAAAAAAUACAAGUAGUACUUUUCUGAAAUUUGAGCUUUCCAGACUCGGUGGGCCGAUGCUAAAAUCUCGGAAAAAUACAAUACGAAAUCAGUUUGAGCAACAGUGGUUUCAUGUUAUCAGCUUUCAGAAACCAAGACGUGUUUAUACAGCGAGCUGAUAUAAAUUAAUGCUGUUUGCUAUCAAUAAAGGCAGAUUUAAGCUGUCAACUCCUGCCAAGUGCACCAGUCACGUGAAGUUGUCAGGGCAAAGCACUAAUAUUAAAAAGUCUUAAAAUUCAAAACGUUUUACGUCCGAGAAAUCAGAUUUUAGCGUACAAAACAAUGUUGUGAAUGUCUGUUGUUCGUACCUUAGCAUGGUGUUUCCAUAUAUUAGAAAUGUUAAGUAUCCACACAGGAGAACAUACCAAACAACAACGUUUAAAUCCAAGCGCCGAAAGAUCGCAAACGGCAAAGAUUGCGUUACAUUUCACAGAACGACCGCUUACCACUGUUGUCACUCCUUUUCUCGCUGGAAGCUACGAGAAGUUUUCAUUCCGUCAUGAGUGAUUCUUGAUCAGCGCUUCCUUGAAAGUACGACCCCGGACAGAUGAUAACUGAGGACGUUUCGUCAAGACUCCUGUUGUUCAGUUUCAAGCUUUAGCAGGUGCGUAGUCAGGAUUUUUCCAGAGGUACGCCCAACUUUGUCUACAUCGUGUUCCCCCCUCCCCACCCCCCACCCCAAAUCUCAACAUUUUUCUAAGGUGCCUUUAUUAAAGGUGGGGUUAACGGUUGUAAGCAAAAGCAUUUUUGCUGCUUAUGAAAUGUCACAACCUCUAAAAUUCUUUAAUUCUGUCGGCUUGUUAUGUUCAUUGACGUCAACCGUUUAUCAUUAAUUCAGCUAUUAAAAAUCAAGCUUCUAGUACCUCCGACUUUAGUUUGCAAAUGACUCUUCUUACCCCUUUUUGUCACAUUAUUUUUGACCGACAAAAGCACCACACAUUGACGUAAUUGUGCUUUACUUCGUCUACUCCGAAGACAGGUCGUGGAGAAAACAACGAGUUCACGCUUUACAUCAUCAAGCUUGCUAUAUAAAUAAAUCAUCCAAGAUUCGGUUCUCCAAUUAAUGUCGCCGCUUCUCUGGAAACCGAUUUUUUUAGUUAUGUCAGUUAUGUUUAUUUCAUUCUAUUUUUUCUCCUCAACUUUUUCGGGUACGCACGUGCGAACCAUGCGUACAAGUAGCUACGCCCCUGUUUAGUCUCUUUAGCCCUAAGCGUUCCUCUCUUGCGGUUUUCGCGGGAGCUCGGAUGUCGUCCACCCAGUAUUUCACGUCUCUAUUAAAUGAGAGGCAGCACUUCUUGUUUACCGUUUCGUUAUCAGACAACGCUUAGACUCUUAGCCUUUCAUUUAAUUUUGAUCAAGUUUUUUUUAUAAUUUAGUUACUCAGUAUACGUUCGAUCCUUUCCUUGUAAAGUUAUAAUUUUAUACUUUAAGGGAGCUUAAUACCUAUAUAAAUUUUUUCUUCGUUUAGUGUCGUCCAACAGACCCAGUUUUUUGGCAUUUUUUAAAAAAGCAAGAAAAAGAAACGACAAGGUUUAUUUUUUUGGACUUAAAUUAAUUCUUUUAAUCUAAAAAAUCAGCAUUAUAACAGCAUUUCCAGGCAUAAAACGUUCGGUGGUGUAUCCUUUUUGCUUUUUACCCUUUUUGGGCCUUUUUUUUUUUUUUUAAUGAAAUUGACCAUUACAUUUUCCGCCAUAUUGAGUUUGUGUCGAUUUGGUGACCAUGUCUUGUUGUUUUCAGGCUCCACGGCAAUGAUGCUGGUGUUUCAGGCCUCCUGUUCUCAGAUUUCUUGUGAUUUUUUUUCACCCCACCGACCGACCCACCCAACGCCAGGGAACGUAUUCGACGCUAAACGAACGAAAAGGGGAUGACCUAAGCCUUAUGUUUUCUUUUUGGGCUUCCUCACCACAUUAUUUCUGCGUAUUUCCGUAUACUUGUCUUUUGCUUUGUUUUGUUCUUUUUUUGUCGGUAAAAUAAACUGAAACUGUACAAAGACCCUCAACAUUCCCUUUGGAGGUUCUCGAACGCGCAUAAAAAAAUGAAAAACGCGAUGAUUUAUUGACCGCAAGGGCAAUGAGGUGGGGUUAUGGCUCGUUACUGCGCUCCGGUUUACUCGUGCGCAGUCAAAUGGUCCCGAAAUACAAAAUAAAAAAUGACCUGUGGACAGACUAUUCACGUCUAUACAUCAAGCAUCUUUUAACAUGGAACUUAUCGCCUCUCCCUGUUCAUGGAGUUGAUUCAGGGUGUUGACAUCAAUUUCGUGAUGCCCUGCAUGUUGCCGGGACAUGUUUCAAAAGGGCCUUUCCACAGCUACGGAGUCCGCCGUCACCUUGUCAACCGUUCGAGAAAUGAUGUACUUCACAACAUUUUCGAUUUGCCCUGCCCCCUACCCCCGAAAGUCCCCUUUAGGGCCGCUUCAAAGUACUCCCCACCCCCGGGCCCAAAUGGCUGGACUUGUUCCUGUGGUUGCGCGGGGGAUAGUAACAGGUCUAGCUAAUUGCACCGUUCAUCAAUGACAGUUUAGCUCAGUCAGAAGCCCCUUUUCCCUGGCUAGGUCAAGGUGUGUGCACCUCCUUUAAGCUGUUUUUUUCGGCUCUUACUGAACGGGAAAUUGGGAAAUUCCCCAGGUUAGGCAAGAAUUGGAUAAUCCUUCCAUAAUCAUCCAUUUUUUCACCGCGUGAAUUGGGUAUUUUUAAGCUUAUUUCGAGGAAAUACUUUUUGCUUCAAAUCCUGGGUGGGCUUUUAAACACAUUUUUUAAGCCAAAUGGUUUUUGCGUGAAUCUGCUUACCCGAACUUUUCGCAUAAAAAACAACAAAUACCCGAAAAAAGCUCGUGUUGUUGUUGGUGGUGGCAUAUUUCCGAUAAAUUCAGUUUAAUGACUCGUGAAGAAGAGUUCAGAUCCGUGCCGCGCGCCCCUCGAGGCAAGCGUUCCGUCGAAAUGCGAGCCCAAAAACAGGUGGUAAGCGGUCAAUCUGUGAAAAGUAACGCAAUCUCCGUCGUUUGAGAGCAGCCGAAGAUGCUCUUGCCGAUGCUGUCCUUGAUGUUUUUUAUUUCCAAUAUCUAGGAAACCUUUGCUAAGGUAUGAAACAUACACUCGUAGGUAUUGUUCUGACCGCUUAAGUCUAAUUCCUGGACGCAGAAACGUUUUAUUAUUGUACUUUGCCCUUUGACAACCUUACGUGACUCGUGCGUUUGGUAGCAGAAGAUGGCUAAACUCUGCUUUUCUUGUUGGAAAACGGCUUUAAAUUUUAUCAGAUCGCUCGAUAAACACGAGUUGGUUUCUGACCGCUGAUAACUUUAAACCACUGUUGCUCAAACUGAUUUCUUAUUGUAUUUUUCUGAGUUUUUAGCAUCGGCCCGCUGAGUCUGGAAAGCUCAAAUUUCAGUAAAGUACUACUUGUAUUUUUUGGCCUUAAAAAUUUUCUUUUCAGUUGCCCAUAGUUUUGCAAACAGAUUUUGAAAGAAGAGAUAACGCUCUUUAACGCGGUACAAGACUCGUUACUGAAAUCGAGGUACCAGUCGACGAUUUGGGGCUUUGAAAUUUGCCAUUUUUUCAUUGAACGAAAACGUUCAAAAUAUUGAAAAUAAUGAAAAAUCUCCAAAAUAUUACAUUUUCGUUCAAACUGAAUAAAGCACCACUUAAAAUGUGUGCAAUUAUGUACUCUUCUAAAUAAGUUAUUUGUUGUCCGCAUUACAAUGGAUUUUAAUUUUAAAACGAUUUUUUGUGACCCAUGGUCUCGGGCCUGGAAAACCCGGUCCGAGAGCCGCGAAACCAAUAACCCCCCCGUACGUAGAAAAUAAUUAUCGGAUCGAAGUAAAAAGUACAUUUGUGUUAAAACCUUAGCUAGUGCUACUUUGUGAAUUUUUUUGAGAAUUUUCGAUUUUUCAGUUUUGUAGACCUCUGGUCGAUAUUUACUGACAUCCGCUCUUAAGGUGUUUCAAUACAGUUUUUCAGAGGCUAUACCGAUAUUUUUCAAUCGCCCUUAAAGUGGUUUUCUCCACGUCUGAUCGCUAUAAAAUUUUCACCAGUAAUUGGCUAUGGAUUGAAAUUUGUGAAAAUGUAAUUUUAAGUAAAAUCGAUAUUACUAUGAUAACAAUAAACAAAAAACUUUGAAACUGAUAAAAGCCGAAUUUUGUGUGAUCGAGACCCGCUACUGAAAAUCCAACACUAGGAUCUUAAAGUUUGGUGUUAAACAAACAAUCUCCGUAAGAAGUAAAAAAUACUGUAUGUUUGAAUUCGACUAAAACGAAAAUAUAUUUCAAACCUUAAAUUUUCAAUAGCCGUGAUAGAUUAUUUAAUAAAAACGUUAUAAAUGACUCAAAUUAUUAGGUAGUGUCAGAAUGCUGCUUAGUAUCAUAUUUUGAUGCUAGGAAAUUUUGGUGUACUUUCGUUCUUGCGAUCUUGAAAACUUAAAAACGCGUUUUUUCAACACCUGUAUAAGUGCAACUUCAUUCAGAAUUUGGACUUUUUUAGCGCUUUUUUGUAUAUCUCCGAAACGACUCGAACGAAUUUUUUUAAAAUCUCUUCACAUAAUCUUCAUAAUGUAUAUAAAAAUGUCUGAAACGUUUGUUAAGAUUGAUUGACUGCAACACCUUAAAAUUUCAAGACAAACCUAUCCUACGAACAGGUCAAAAAUCUGCGUUACGACAUUCACUGUUUUGACGUUAUGCUAAUUUUUCCAAAAUAAUGCGCACUGUAACGCAGAUUUUGACCGGUUCGUAGGAUAGGUUUGUUUUGAAAUUUCAACGUGUUGCACUGAAUAAAUCUUAAUGAAAGUUUCAGACAUUUUUAUAUACAUUAUGAAGAUUAUGUGAAGAGAUUUAAAAAAAGUUCGUUCGCGUCGUUUCGGAGAUAUACAAGAAAGCGCUAAAAGUCCAAAUUCUGAAUGAAGUUGCACUUAUACAGGUGCUGAGAAAACGGGUUAGUUUUCAAGAUCGCAAGAACGAAAGUGCACCAAAAUUUCCUAGCAUCAAAAUAUGAUAUUAAGCAGCAUUCUGACGCUACUUAAGAAUAAUUUGAGUCAUUCAUAACUUUUUUAUUAAAUAAUCUAUCACGGCUAUUGAAAAUUUAAGGUUUGAAAUAUCUUUUCGUUUUGGUCGAAUUCAAACAUACAGAAUUUUUUACUUCUUACGGAGAUUGUUUGCUAAACACCAAACUUUAAGUUCCUAGUGUUGGAUUUUCAGUAGCGGGUCUAGAUCAUACAAAAUUCGGCUUUUAUCAAUUUCAAAGUUUUUUGUUUAUUGUUGUCAUAGUAAUAUCGAUUUUACUGAAAACUACAUUUUCACAAAUUUCAAUCCAUAGCCAAUUACUGGUGAAACUUUUACAGCAAUCAGACAAAGAAAAAACCACUUUUAAGGCGAUUGAAAAAUAUCGGUAUGGCCUCGAAAAAACUGUAUCGAAACACCUUAAGUAAGUUACCUUUAUUAAUACACUUACCUCAUUACAGUAUAAUAUUACAAGUGUCGCUAUUUUACAGGUAUUGCCACAAACAAAAAUAACGAAAAAAGAAAAACUAAACCACUAAGAUACAAUAUAAAAUAUCUACCUAUAAUAUAAAAAUCUGAGAAUAUGUUAGUAAUAAAAUAAAACUAUGUGCAGUUCAAUAAUGAUAAAAAUAAAACUAUUUACAGAUCAAUAUAACUGUGUGACGUCAUUUUUUUUUUCAAGCGUCUUUUAAAGUUAUUUUUAAAGCUACAUAGUUUAGUCUCAUAUCUCAAUGCUUCCUGUAAUGCAUUUCAUAUCUUCGGGGCCAGGUAUCGCCAAGAUUUCGAACCUUGCUUUAUAGAGUUGACCUUGGGUAUAGUUAUAAUAUCUUUACCACGAAGAUUAUAGGUUGUAGCUCUUUGCAGUAUUAAUUCGUUUAGGGUUGAGGGAAUGUUGGUACCAUUGUUUAGCACCUUAAUUAAAGACUAGCUGCCAAUCUUCAUGAUUCUUUGAUCGUAUGGUGAGUAAGUUCCUAGUUCCUUAUUAAUAAUUCCGUGUAAAAACUUCCUUUGUCUUUAAGCACGAAGAGAAGAGCUCUUUCGUUAACUUUUUCCAGUUUAUCGGAUGCUGAGUUACAAUGAGCAUACGGAAAAUUUUUUGGACUUCAAGUCAGGAUGGUAUAAUUUUUUUUCUUCAUGAAUUUGUACCAAAUGUAUCCAACGGAACAGAUGUUGCCUGAUAUCUCAUUACACGCUCUCACAGCUUGUUAUGUGAGCAGUCUUAAAUGCCUGAUCAUGUUCAGUGGUCACUUAAUUGUGUUCUUAGAAAUCUGCUAUCCGAUGAAUAGUUUGUUUGAAUGAGUCAUAAAUACCAGAGAAUAACUGAGGCCCUGCCAAUUAGAAGGUUCUCUCAAAUAAUGGCAUAUAGCAAAUCUCACUUGAUUAUAUUGAGAUUUGAAUAAAAUCAAUUUGUCACUGUCAGAACUAUGAAAUAUUGUUUUCUGUCUUGAGCUCCUGAUUCUAUAUCAGCAGAAUGGAUACUUUACAGAAAAAUAUAGGUAUUUUACAUUUAGCAGUUACAGGCCAUAUACGCCCACAAGCCUUUCAUACCUUACUAACUCCUAAACUGUUAAAUAUUAAGCACUUUAGUUCUAAUAAAACAUUUUACAAAUAAACAUUUAAACUGCAAAGGACAGCCAACAAAUAUGCUGAAAAACAGAAUGGGAGUUGUAGCCGUCGACAGCUGUUAAAAUUUCAGUUUAAAAUAAUUUUUGUUGCUAUAACUACGGUAAUGCAGGCAGACCAGUGCUGAUGUUUUCUACAAUACCUCGCCCUCUUACUUGUUGUGUUAAGAGAAAUCACUAACAAUACUACAGUCUAACAGUCUAAGAGUAGGGAUCUGUGAGCUAGCCUCUGACUCAAGGGAAUCAGGUAGACUGGCCCUACAAGUAGCAACCAUAAUACAAGGGGUUUGGGGUCUGGAAUUAUGGACCAAAAGAUUUGCCAAGGCGUUCUCUUUGAUAUUGAUGGUCUAAAUAAGAACAUGGCAUUCACUGAUACCUAAAGCAAAGUAUAAAAAUCUUGUUCUGUAUGAACUAUUUUCUCCUGAAGGACAUAAUAACUUAUAUAAAAAAUUACUUCGCUCAGUUAUCAAUAUGUUACAAAGAAAUUGAAACGCUAUUUGACAGUGUGCAAUGCAAUACUAGAGGAAAGAUAAAUAAACUGAGAUUAAUAAUGCAAUCAUGCAAAAUGUAGUUCCAGGCUUCAGGGGCUAUACAUCACUUUAUUGCUUCUGAAAAGUUGAGCACUUUAGAAAAGUUAUUGUAAUAAACCAGUUCAAAAACGUCUUCUUUCAUAUGUAAUAUUUCAUAUAUAUCUUUUAUGUCUACAAAUACAUAACAUUUGUGAUAGGUAGAAUUUUGGGGGUAAUGAAGUGACACCGGUAUGUUAUAGCUAUAUACACUUGACAGUAUGUACAAAGAUUGAUUUUAUCGAAUAUGAAAAGAGACUGAGUAGGCUUUUUUGCUUGUUUCACUGAGAUUUAUACAUCCUCACGUAAGCCAUGAAACAAAACAGAGGGAGACAACUUAGCAGGAAAAUAAUACUUAACCAGAAAAAAACACGGUGUGGCUAUAUCGGAUGUUAGGCCACUUCUUCGACAUUUUGCUGUUAUGACUUUAUACAAAAUAUAUUCAAGAUCGGCGUAGCAAUCGUCGAUAUUGCUAACAUCAUUCAGAACGCUGGACCUAUUUUAGCAAUGGCAGCAAUAUAAUCCCAGCAAAACACAUCUUUGAUAAGCCGUGCUGUAGAGUGUUGUUUGUCAUCGGUCGAAUCGACUUUAAUAAGUCCGGUGGCGAAUCCACUUUCGGGCGAAACGACCACAUAUUCUUCUUGGAAUACUGAAAAUCAUUGUCACAUUGAACUGAACGAUGCUUGAUGCUUGAUCCCUUGUUCAAAAACUCAUAGUUUAAAAAAGGCAUAACAUGAAAUUUGAAAUACAGUGGAACCUCACAAAUAUAACUCGAACCUCUAGAUAACAUAACCUUUAUUCAAAGAGCUGCGUCGGUUUUUGCGUGUAGAUAUACUUUAAUUGCGCUCACAGGGAAAUUCCAAAAUGGCAAAUAAAGGGGAAAAUCGUCGGCUUAUUGCAAAUUUGGUAAAAUCGGCAACCGGCUUUACACUUAAGUGGUCAUGGGAAAAGUGAGCAUCAUCAUGACAAAGAACUGCGAAAAAUCGCAAGUAACUCGAAAAAUCGUCAGACAUGCGAUUUUUCGCAAUUUUUGCAACUUACUGGCUUUCAAAAACUCGCCAACCUUGCGAUUUUUACGAUUUUUUGCAAACACGCGAAAAAUCGCAAUUUUUGCAGCUGCUUGCAAACCUGGACAUAAGUGCUAUUUUUUUAGUAUAUGCUUAUAAAAUUUUCACAAUUUUCAAUACACACGACGAUAAUGCAUGUGACAAUUUUAUAAGCAUAAUCAGCUGUAAAAUUGAAGUAUGGAUCGAGUGAAUAAAUUCAAUACUCUCUUUCAACCUUUGAGGCUGUUUGGAGCGUCUUCUCUGAAUUGCCAUAUUAACUCCAAAUCCUCAGGCGAGUCCAAGUUCGUCGCUAAAAUUGUCUCCAGAUAUUUCCGUCAAAGCGGGUGGUAGAAUUUACGGAUAUGCUUACCUAUUUACUAGCCUGCAAACAAAGUCUCCUUCGAUCUUCCUAGAUAAGUCGGGAAAAGGAAGGAUCCUCUGCCAACAUCCUAGACAAUUCAUAUUGAGCAUACCCCAAAUUCAAAUGCAACCGAUCCUGUCAACCUCGCUUUCGAACUAGCGACCACGCGACUUCUCGAAGUUUUCAUUCAAAAAACUGAGGUGCAAAUAAGCUAUAAAAUUAUUUAAUUUCUGAUUUUUUAUUAUAAAUCUACAGAACCAUAUUUGCAUAUAAAUUUCCAAUAGUACCCGAAAAAUGAACCAGCAGUAAUGUUAUGAAUGAGCAACACAAAAGAAUAGACAUAGAAGUUAUUUCUUAAAUAUUUUUAUUUAAAAACCCGUUAGUUUACCCUUCCAAAAACGUAACACUUAACUUACUGGAUUGUGGAUCCGUUCACGCAAGUAACAUCGGCUAAGCAGAUGGUUAAAUCCAAAACGAAAUCCAUCUCAAAUCGCGCGGGUGCAUUUUCCAAUUUUUCUCAAAACUGGACAAGCGCUCCGCCCCAGUUUACUGAACGUUGAAUCGAUAAUUUUCUCAAAAUUACUGCGUGUAGUUGAAGCGGAAGCCAUUUUUUUUUUUAUGAAGCGUGGGCGCAGAAAAGUCAGCAAAACUCCAGAACACGCGUGAGUGCACAGAUAGUGCGUGCACAGAUAAAACUGGGUUAUCCAGUAUGAAACUUGUCUGACUCAUCCAAAUCGCGGGAUGAUCCGCAAAUCAAAGGAGUUUGAAGAUGUCGGCAGAGUUGCUUCCGCUUUCCCGACUUAUCUAGGAAAGAUCGAAGCGACUCUGCUACCUGUGUACUAUGACCAUUUACUUGCAUUUAGGACCAAAAAUUGGUGACUUCUUUCUGAGAAAGCUCUAUCGACGUGCAAUCUUCGAUGCGAGCCUGACGUCACUGCGAGUCUCAUUCUGACAAACCACUUUGCAGAAUUAUCAUGGGUUUUAGUUUGCCAACUGAAAAAUGGGGGACGGGUUUCAAGCUUCAGUGAGCUUAUAUUGAUGUAAUGUAUAGCUAUUUAUGCAAUUUUAAACUCAAUGCCUAUAUUCAAGCAUUUGGCCGUAGUAGCGCUUUAUCAAGACAACAAUUUUUUUACAGUCUGUUUCUUGUUUAGAAUUUUAUUCAGUAAUAGCCAAAAUUAAGUGCAUUUGGCAGGCCUAUUCUAUCUUAGUCUCUUCAUAAUAUAUCCUCUUAGCAAUUCUGAUUGAAUGAUUAAGUUUGUUUUCAUAGCGCAAAUAGACUAACUCGUUUUAAGAACUGUGAUCGUUAAGAAAUCUUUUGUGUAACAGAUCCUUUAAUCUAACCGAUUUUGAAAGACACUUUGAAAACCAAGGCUUAGGAAGAACUUAUUUGUUGUAGCCUUUAUCUUUUUAAACAUCGAACUCUACGCUUAAAAACGUAAACCAAAAAAGGGCAAAACUCUAUAGCAAAUCAAUGUAAAUUUAAAUCAACCUCAAACAGUCGAAAAAAUAUGACUACGAACUCAUGGGAAAAAAGGAAACAGUGAACAGUCUAAUGGCACGGCUGCACCCUUGCUGCACCCUUUCUGCAUCACAACUUCUAACUCUCUAGACCACCUCUUGAGACCAAAAAAAAAUGGUGUUAUGUUGUCACACUAUAUAUCUUUCGGUGUCGGCCGCGACCGAAAUCAGAAACCGCACAUUAAUGUCACUUGCACUCGGGGUAGCAAAAAUUUAUUUCAGGGCAAUUGUUAGAUUUUGCAAUUUUUUGAUCUACACAGACACGGCUUCUUGAUAACUUACAUAGUUCAGAUCAAAGUUUGUUCAAGAUAAUUUCUUUUAUCAAAAAAGUCAUAACUUUUUAGGACUUAGGUAACACAGAAACUUCUAUGAAGAACAAAGAAUUCUGAGUGGAAGCGAGCAUCCAUAUAGCUCAUGAAACUUAGUCUUAGUCAAUUUCAAAUAUACAUGAACUUUCAAUUUCCGGUCACACCCAAAGAAAUCUAACUAACCCUAGUAAAAGUUGUACUUUUAUCAAAAGGAGUAAGUGAGGAUAACCAGCGAAUAACCAAGAACAGUUAUAGAUCACCAAUUUCUUAAAGACGUUUUUCUGGUGAAGAACAGACCUUCCAUGUAUUAUUGAUUGUAAGGCCUAGGCCAAAUGUCUAACUUUUCAUGAGACAAACCAAACUUAGUCAGUUAGAUCGUGAAAACUUUGUUUGGCCCAGUUAAGUUCGUCUGAAUGAGUUUGGAUCGUCCAACACGUUCUAUCCCCCUGCUUCAGACGGACAGAACGUAUGUCGGUCGUCUUGUGGACAAACGUACAUCGAUCAUCAUCUUCACGUGCGACUUCACUUGCUAUAAUAAAUCAACAAUUUAUAUAUGAUAACGUGCAUUGAGCUUUGUUCGGGAGAAAAUUUAUUAACAAUCCUUUUUGCUCUUAGUUGAUUGGUUUGAUGCGUCCUAAGUUCGACGUCUGACCCAACAGACGAUCUUUUAAAACUUAAUUCAGGUCGACCCAGAUUAGAAAUUGGUUCGCCUCAUGAAAAGUUCGACGUUUGGCCUAGGCCUAAGAGUGACAUAAAACGUUUUUUCUCAACAUUAUUGUCUUAAUUGUAUUGUCAAUAAUUUUUUCUUGCUUUUUAAAUCCAAUUUAGUUUCUCAGAGUCGUUGUUCGAAAGUCACUUGAAGAAGUUGACAAGCUUAAGGGAACUACUAUCGCUUUUCCUGCGAUUGGAACUGGAAAACGGGAGUUUCCUCCAGCGGAAGCUGCUCGAAUCAUGUUGGACGAAACAAUCAGAUUUUUUAAAGAAAAUCCAGCCACGACAGUGAGAGACGUUCGCUUUAUACUGCUUCGUAAAAAUGAAAAAGUGAUAGAUGCAUUUACGCAAGAACUCAACCGCUAUCAACAGUCGUUUGGAGAAAACGAGGAGCAAAAACACAUUGCAUCUCUCGGCAUUCAAAGUGGGUGUAGACGCAGUAUUAAAACGCAGUAUGUCAACGUUGAAGUUGUUCGUGGUGAUCUGACUAAUGAGGAAUCAGAUGCGAUUGUAAAUAUCAUUAAUUCGGAUAUGGACAUGGAGAAUGCUGGAGAAGUUAGCAAGGCAAUCGCAAGGGUGUGCGGUGAGAGUCCAAAGCAAGAGUGCAAGCAACUAGGAACACAACAAGCGGGAUCAGUAGUGAUAACCAGCGGCGGCAGGUUGAAAGCGCGCCACAUUAUACAUAUUAUCCCUGCGUCCUCUGAACCAAGACACCUUCAGAUGUGCCUCGAAAAAUGUCUGGAACAUGCCGAUUCAAAAUCAUUCCAUACCGUUUCACUGCCAGCAAUUGGCACCGGUGAA